AUGUUAUCAUGUCCAAUGCUGGAUAUGUCGAAUGCUGCUGCCAUAGUUGCUUCCUUGUCGCCACGAAGGAUGGAGAUUGUCAAAACCGUGACCCCAACCUCAUCAAAGCAGACAUCUAAACUUGUUGCUGUCAGUUCAUUUACAACAGAAUUUUCUGUGCCACCUUCUAAUCGUGUUACAAGCAACGACAGCACCGAUGACUGCAGGCCACAACCAAUGAAAAGAUGCAGGACUCCCUACAUAUUAAGCAAAAAAGAGGCUGGUGAAAUCUUAAAUAGUGAAGUAACAGAACUAUGUAAGUUUCACACUAUCGAAUAAAACCCAAAACAGAAUGGUCCCCUGUUUGCCAAACAAACUCUAGACAAAUUAGUUGAAAAAAUAUACUGUUUUUUUAUAUUUAUGUAUGCAUCAUAGAAACAUACUAGUUGUCACUCUCAAUAUUCGUAACUAAUUUGUGAAUAUGUUGAUCAUCUAUCAAAAGUUUGAAAACUAAUGGCAAACACAAUUACAGCACAUCUUACUUGCAUUAUUAAUAUCAUCAAAUAUAACUUUCACGAAGAUUGGAGUGCAUUAGAUUGUUUAUGUCAUGUAGAUCUUAUCAAAGGCAGUUAUCACAGCAAGCUAGACUGAUAGCAAAAGAAAGGAUUGUGCAUGAAAAAGGCAUUGCAGAGAUUCUAUUUUAAUCAUAUAUCAAACACCCUUAGAAAUCUACAAGCUAAAAUUUUUUAAACAACCUGCAUAGCAAAGGCCAGACAUCUUCAUGAUUUUGUUAUGCUGUCAACAUAUGUCAGGGUUUACUUGGGCAGGUCUAAGCACACAUUACAAUUCUUUGUUGAGUCAGGGGCGAAUCCAUUUGACAUAAGUUUGUUUCUCCACACAAAUGUUAUUGUCUCGAGGGAAGACACAACUGCGUUUUUGAUAAAAAAAACAACUUCAAAACUGUUCAUUCUACUGGCCCAUGUAAUAUGGACCUGUCAGAAGACCGAGAAUUAGUCUACUAUUUGCAUCAAUACAAUUUAGGUAGGUCCAGUCUCCUGCAGGCUAAGUCGCAUGCAUACUUUUUCCUCAACUAUACCAGAGAACAUAGUUAUGCAAGUACCUGGGAGAUUUUUUCAGCCAAGAGGUAUGUAUCUGUGUUUCCACAAACGUAAUACGUACAAUAUGACAGCACAGCAAAAGAUGCGAUUCCCUUUCAUGCACCAUCCUCAACAUGUGAGAAAUGGACAGGGGGUGGAGUUUUUUUAAGAAUUAAAGUGAUGGUUCUUUUCAGGAUUACUAGUUGCCUACUCAAGUUGUGACUUUAAUGUUAUGUUCUCAUUUUUCAACAUAUUACUCUCUUCUUAAUUUUUAAGUAAGGAGAUCUGAAAAUUGAUUAUUAUCGUAACAUGAAAAUUUGUCAUUGUCCUGGGACCUGGGAUAAUAUUUGUUUGUCCACUACUACAAAGGCAGAAGGUCAUUUUCACGAGAUGUUUAUCACUAACUAGGGUUUUUUGAAUUUUUUUGAAUUUUAUUUCAAUUUAUUAGAUUUGUCACACAAAUCACACAAUCACUUAUAAUUAUCUGCAGAAGUCAAAAGGUAUUAAUUUACAAAAGGGUAAUAAUAACAGUUUACAAUAGUAGGUAUUUAUGUGACAAGGAGGUUUGAUGAGAAACCACUUGGCUUAUUAUGUGUCACAAACCUCCUCUUAUGUUAAAUUUAUCUCAGUGAUAAUUAUAUGAACAAAAUUGGUUUUAUUAAUUAACUACAAUAUAAGACGAGCAGAGAUGCUUUUUCAUUUUUUUGAUAAAUGACAAAUAUGAUACACUAUUUAUUAUAUUAUUAUUUAGAUUGUUAUAAAGAAGUGGACCUUGAUAUUUAAUUGAAAAUUGCCGUAGAUUUGUGCUGGGAGUUGCAAUGUAAAAUUCAUUAGCUCUCCUAAAAGAAAUAGGUUUUCAAAAUGGUCUGGUUCAUGUACAAGAACAUAAAUUAGCCAGUUUGUAAUUUACGGAGGUCGUGACAUUUUAGUAAUCUUAGAUUUUUAAAGAUCAAAUUGGUAUGAGAAUCGAAACUACUAUUGUUUAAAAAUCUGACAAUACGUUUUUGAAAAAUUACCAAACGAGUUAAAUUAGAUGCAUACGUAGAUGCCCACACUAUAUUGCAAUAUUGCAAAUAGGGAUACACCAUCGAGUAGUAAAGAGUUAACAGUGAUUGUUUUAACAGAAAAAAGCUACAUUUGCGUAUUAUUCCUAUCGAUUUGGAAAUCUUAUUUGACACAUGAUUAAUGUGAGAUUUCCAAGUGAGAUGCUCAUCUAGAAUGACACCUAAGAAAACAAUUUCAUUUGUUUGAAUGAGUUCUCUGUUAUUAAGUACUAUUUUAAAGUUUGUUGAUUUUUUUGUCUAGGUUUGAAUAUUAUAAAUUUUGUUUUAUCAAGAUUUAAAGACAAUUUGUUCACUCUGAGCCAAAUCCAAUGUAGUUCUCUGUUUUUCACAUUAACCAAGUGCACUCAGUUUAUAUGCGAAAAGAACGAGUUCAUAUUGUCAGCAAAAAGAAUUAGUUUAAUUUGCAUUAUCAGAAACAUUACAUAUGUCGUUGAUAUACAUCAAAAACAUCAGUGGCCCUAAAAUAGAUCCCUGUGGAACUCCACAGGUUACAGAUUUAAAGGCAGAGCAUGAGUUAUUAAAGUGAACAAAUUGUUUUCGGUCAGAAAAGUAACUUUUUAUCCAGCUCAAUGCUAUGCCAUGUACACCAUAAUAUUCCAAUUUCGCAAAAAGAAUAUCAUGGUCCACCAUGUCAAAAGCUUUGGAUAGGUUCAGGAAAAUUCCAACAGCAUAUUCCCUAUCAUAUAAAUCAACAAGGGCUAAUGAAGUUGAGUGACCCUUUCUAAAACCGUAAUAAUUUACAUAAAAUAUUGGUUUGCAAGGAGUUGGCUUAAUGAGACGGAAGAUGUCAGAUGAUUUUGAAAAUGCCAUUGGUAUGUAUUAGUAAAUGCAAUAACAUAAAUACUUAUAAGUAGUAGGGAAAUUAAUAUGAAAACAUGACACUUAGACAAGGCUAUCUUAUAAAAGUGUUGUGUUAGACAGUUCUUAAGCAUGUUACAUGCACCAUAAUUAUCAAUUUCAGCCAAAGCCAGUAGUGUGAAAGAAAUGCGCGAUGUGAUCAACACAGUUGAAAGAAAAAAGGAGCUUUCAGAAUCACUACAGUUUCCAGUAGAUUUGUUGCGUGGACAAAUGUUGCGUCUAUCUUUGAAAGAUAAGCUAUUCAAAGUAUUUCAGCCUGCUGCUGAGGAUAGCAUAGAUGUUCUAUGGAACAAGUGUGUUGAAAUUGAGAAAGAUAUUCAGGUAAAUAGACAGAUACAUACAUACAGUAGGUACAUGGAUAGCUACCGUACACAGACGGAUGGUUAUAGAUAAUACAUUUAAAUGUGUGAAGGUAUAAAUACAUAAAGUUUAAACGUGUUUUCUUAUCUGUUUUAGAGAAACAAAACAACUAAAAAGGACUGUAAAGAUUUAGUUAAUCUUUAAGAGUUCUUAAGCCACUGUUGCAUAGAAAGUCACUACUGUUUCCAAAUCAGGAAGUGUGGUGAACCAAAUUGUAAGAUUUGCGGGUAAGCAGUUUGGGUCUACAUACAGGUACAUUCUAUGGACUUUAACUUCAGUGAUCUAAUCUUUUUUAUUUAAAUGUCUUUUGACUUCCUUUGUAGACCAUUAAGAGAUCCAAGGUCCAAGGAGGUGAAGAACUUGCCAUUCCCAGUGGAUGCUGGAAACGGUCAUUAUAAGCCAUUCAAUGAGGUGUAUGGCACAAAAACCAAAAAUGUAUGUACUGCAAACUUUGUUAUAUCUAUAUUGUCAAGUAAACUUUGUCUCUAAUAAACGUUUUCUUUUUGACAGUCAUCCAAGCUUUUCGAACAUUUAAAACAUUUUUUUGCUUAGAAAGAUUGUUAAUCGAAUUCUGUUAUUAUAGAAUCGUCCCAGUGCAACAUCCAGAACUAGUUCUCAAAGAAAGAAAAUGAACUUCUCGCCGUUGGUUCAGCAUGCAAAAAACACAAGUAUGAUGCUGCAGUGUGAAGAAUGUGAUAAAUGGCAUCUGGUAUUUGCAAAGAAAAAGCUGACGAAGAGACAGAAGGCAACCCUUCAAGAUCUAUUUGAUAGCAUCUCUUACAGUUGUGGUCUGAUAUUUGGUAUGAAAGUGUAUUCUGUGUAAAUAUUUGGAUUGACUGGUAUAAAUUAAUGAACUAUUAUACUCUAUAAAUAUUUUUUAUAAAUUCUAUUGUUUUAGAUGACAUACAGAUGCCACAUGGUAUAGAUGUGUACAUAAAAGAUCAUGACUGCUAUGACCACGUGGAAAAGUUAUACUAUUUGUGCGGAUUUGAGCCAAUUUGCAUCCAUUGUGGUGAAUACGUGCCAAAUGAAACCGAGGAUGAAAAUUGCGACGCAUACCCACAAUGCAACGAAUGUGGGGAUAAUGCUAAAAUCAUAAAACGGGCAACUAAGUAA